ACCACAUGUUCUCACUUACAAGUGGGAGCUAAAUACAGUGGACACAUGGACAAAAAGCGUGGAAUAAUAGACACUGGAUGUUCAGAAGGGUUGGAGGCUAGGAGAGGUUGAGGAAUGAGAAAUUGCUUAAUGGGUACAGUGUACAUUAUUUGGGUGAUGUUUACACUAGAAGCCUGGAUUUCACCACUGUGCAAUAUAUCCAUGUGAUAAAACUCCAUGUGUACCUCCUAAAUAUAUACAAAUUUUAAGAAAUAUCUUACACACACACACACUUGACUAUGUGAGGUGAUGGAUGUGUGAGCUAACUUGAUUUGUAAUUAUUUCACAGUAUACAUGUGUAUCAGAACAUCAUGUGGUACACCCUAGAUUGAUGCAGUUUUGUCUGCCAAGUACUUAUUUGCCAAUAAAGCUGGGAGGGGAAAAGAUGCUUAAUUUGGUCACACCCACAAAGUCCCUUUUGAUGAGUAAGAUAACGUUUACAGAUUCCAAGGAUGAGGAUGUGGAUAUCUUUGGGAGCUAUGAUUUAGGCUCCCACACUCCCCCAAAGACAUGUCCCAGUUCUUGUUUAGGAUGAAAACUAAAGGACUCAUUGCCUUCCCCCACGAAAGCUAAGAGACAAGAGAACAAAGUCCUUCCAUUGAACUUGGUUCUUGUAAGGCAAGAUGGCAUGAGGGAGCCAUCUUGCACCAGGCAGAAGUUGAGAGCCUGGGCUUUGGGGCCAGACUCCCAGGGCUGAAUCCUAGCUCUGCCCUUCCUGGUAGAGGAACAUAGGCAGGCUCCCCCGCUCCCGGCUUCCUCAUCUGGAAUGUGAGAAUGGCAGUGGUGCCGAGCGCUGUGGUUGUUCUGAGGAUGAAACGAAUCCACGUUUGGAUUCCCUGAAAAGCGGAAUCUGUGAUGUGCCCUUCAGAGUAGGCGGUUUAUUUGGGGAAUGAUCUCUGGAUGCAGAAUGAGGGAAUGAGCAGCAAGACAGGACACAUUUCGGAAAACCAGCAGGAGGGGCAUCACUGAGCUAGCGCGCGUGGUGAGAGACUUCUGUGGAACCCCAUGGAGCCCCUCUAGGGAACUCUGCAGAAUCCACCCCGUGCCUGCGGGGGGGAAAGUGGUCUGCGCAUGCUCUGUUGAGGACGUUCUCAGGAUACACCGGCGUGGGAGUGAAGAGCGUAGGAGCGGAAGAGGAGGGGCCAAGCAAGGUCGGCUUCCGGUGCAGCACAGUCAGCUCCCUGAGCAGCUCUUAAGAGUGAGCUGUGCUGUGUGUGGGUCCCUCCUUGAGGCAAACAGCCUGGGCUUCUCACCCUCCCAGGUAGUCACUGGGCAGAGAAGCGGGGUGAGCAGGACAUAACUCCCAGGUAACUCUGAGGGACACAGCUCCACUCACCUAAGGGCAGUCUGCUAUGGAAGAUGUGGCAGGAGCUGUCGGCAACACACACGCAGCCCCUGGGGAGGAGUCCACCAAGCUAGCCACAGGGACCCCAGGAAGACUGGGUACUCAGAGAGCACCUAUCAUAACCGCGUCUGCUAUACUCAAAAGCAACAGCCAAUAUCUGCUUCAUACCAGGACCUCCUCCCCAUAGUAAGUGACCUCUACCAGCCAGGGUGCUUCCCUUUCCUCCUCCUUGGGCCAUGCAAUGGGAUGAAAGCUCACCUUCCCCUCCCCUUCUCUCUCACCUCUUCACAGGUUUCUGACAGAUGUGACUACGUCUUUGUCAAUGGGAAGGAAAUGAAAGGCAAGGUGAACGUGAUGGUGAACUUCACCUACCAGCACCUGAGCAGCCCCCUGGAGAUGACAGUGUGGGUGCCCCGACUUCCGCUGCAGAUAGAGGUCUCAGACACCGAGCUCAAUCAGAUCAAGGGCUGGCGAGUGCCCAUCGUCUCCAGCAGGAGGCCUGCUGGGGACAGUGAGGAAGAGGAGGACGAUGAGCGGAGGGGCCGCGGCUGCACCCUGCAGUACCAGCACGCCAUGGUGCGGGUCCUGACACAGUUUGUGGCUGAGGCGGCCGGCCCUGGGGGACACCUGGUCCACCUGCUGGGCUCAGACUGGCAAGUGGACAUCACGGAGCUGAUAAAUGACUUCAUGCAGGUGGAGGAGCCCAGGAUCGCCAAGCUGCAAGGUGGACAGAUCCUGAUGGGACAGGAACUUGGGAUGACCACCAUUCAGAUCCUGUCUCCUCUGUCAGACACCAUCCUCGCUGAAAAGACCAUCACCGUGCUGGACGAGAAGGUGACCAUCACAGACCUCGGGGUGCAGCUGGUGACAGGGCUGUCGCUCUCCUUGCAGCUCAGCCCAGGAAGCAACAGAGCCAUCUUUGCCACUGCAGUGGCUCAGGAACUUCUGCAGAGGCCAAAACAGGAAGCAGCCAUCAGUUGCUGGGUCCAGUUCAGUGAUGGCUCAGUCACACCCUUGGAUAUUUAUGAUGGGAAAGACUUCUCCUUGGUGGCCACAUCUUUGGAUGAGAAGGUGGUCUCCAUCCACCAAGACCCCAAAUUCAAGUGGCCUAUCAUUGCUGCAGAAACCGAAGGACAAGGCGCCCUGGUCAAGGUGGAAAUGGUUAUUAGUGAAUCCUGCCAGAAAUCCAAGCGGAAGAGUGUGUUAGCUGUUGGAACAGCAAACAUCAAAGUUAAAUUUGGCCAAAAUGAUGCUAACCCCAACACCAGUGACAGCAGACACACAGGGGCAGGGGUUCACCUGGAAAACAAUGUCAGUGACAGAAGGCCCAAAAAACCCUUGCAAGAAUGGGGGAGUCAGGAAGGACAGUACUAUGGCAGUUCUUCCAUGGGACUCAUGGAGGGACGGGGCACCACAACAGACAGGUCCAUCCUGCAGAAGAAGAAAGGCCAGGAAAACCUUUUCGAUAACGACAGCCACUUGCAGACUGUCCCCAGUGACCUCACCAGCUUCCCAGCCCAGGUGGACCUCCCCAGAAGCAAUGCGGAAAUGGAUGGGAAUGACCUUAUGCAGGCAUCCAAAGGGCUGAGCGACUUGGAAAUUGGGAUGUAUGCUUUGUUGGGUGUCUUCUGUUUGGCCAUUUUGGUCUUCUUGAUAAAUUGUGUGACCUUUGCAUUAAAGUACAGACACAAACAGGUUCCCUUCGAGGAGCAGGAAGGGAUGAGUCACUCUCAUGACUGGGUUGGGUUAAGCAACCGGACAGAGCUGUUGGAGAAUCACAUCAACUUUGCCUCCUCGCAAGAUGAGCAAAUCACUGCCAUUGACAGGGGCAUGGAUUUCGAGGAAAGUAAAUAUCUCCUCAGCACAAACUCCCAAAAAAGCAUCAAUGGGCAGCUGUUCAAACCUUUGGGACCCAUCGUCAUCGAUGGGAAAGACCAGAAAAGUGAUCCCCCAACAUCCCCUACCUCAAAAAGGAAAAGGGUGAAAUUUACCACCUUCACCGCCGUCUCCUCCGACGACGAGUACCCCACCAGGAACUCCAUCGUGAUGAGUAGCGAGGAUGACAUUAAGUGGGUCUGCCAGGAUCUGGACCCUGGGGACUGCAAAGAGCUGCACAACUACAUGGAGAGGUUACAUGAAAAUGUGUAAGCCAGACACACACAGACAUUGGUUCUCACUCACCUUUCAGCCUUUAAUUCCAGGAUGUGUAGCAACGGUGCCCCCGGAAGAGAAACAAAGCAACAGGACAAAAUAAGGAUGACACUGUCCAUGGAGCCUCAGCCAAUGACCCCGGUUCAGCGGCUAGGCCUGGAGUCCGCAUCGACGCACACAUUCCAGAGUACAGUGUCUUGCUUAAGAGGUUUAUCAUGCAUGGCAAGAUUUUUCAGACCUGAAACAAAAAGGAGUUCGGAAUCACUGAGCAUCUGAGUUUCCAGGAAAGAAUAGCCUCUCUCUCUCUCUCUCUCUCUCUCUCUCUCUCUCUCGAAUCAAAGCAAUUUGGAUAUUGUAAAAUCCACAUGGCUCCAAUAUUCGAUAUUGCAGACUACCGGAGAAAAGCGCAACUCAGGUGGAGGAUCCGUGGAUCAAUGGGAGGAAGCGUGUCCUCGAAACGGAGCAGCACAUCUCGCUGUGAGCGCGAUCACGGGCGGUCCAGUGCCGCCGUCCGCUGGGGGAGGCAUGGCCGGGAGUCAUUGUCUCUCAAAGGCUGGGCCAGAGCUGGCUCAGAUCAUGGGCAGGCCAAGGCAGUGGCUGACAAGGACUGAAAGGGAACAUGUGGGCUAACAGGCCACAAAUACCUUUGUAACUACAUGCCAAGGACAAACACAUGGACACAAAUCCUGAGCCCUUCAGGGCACUUCUUUAUUUGUAAACUAAGGAUACUGGGCAUAGAAUUUGAAUCAGGUUCAAAGAACCAGGCUCUUUUGAUUCCUGUCAAGUUCACAAUGUAUCCAUUUCUAUUCCUCCACUGCAUUGCCACCCUCCCCAAAGCCUCUGGUCACCUGUGGGUGGGGGAGGGAGAGGGCAGUUUCUAGUGUUUGCUGAGUCUUUUUUCUCCCUCUGGGUUUUGUGUCAACUCCCAAGUGACAUUCUAUAGAGAAGCUCCCCCCACAAACCUGGGCGUAUGUCCCACGCAGUCCGUCUUUGAAGAGGCUGGUCUCUGGGCAUGGGCAGUACUCACAGUGAAUUCCACCCCAGGGGAUAGACACUCCCUUGCUUUUCUAGAAAGAAAACAGGGCCACUUGGGAUGGGUCUUUCACUGUUCAUGGCAGAUCUCCUGUCCAAGAAUGUGCCCUCAAGGCUGUUGAGACAAAUCUGGGUGCCUGUGUGGAAUGUGCAGGACGUGUGGAGUUGGGGGGUUCUGGGUGUGAACGCGGUGGGUCCAGCAGGAGGCCUGGCCUCGCACACACCGGACAGCACAGAAGCCGCCUUCUCCUUGGAGGUGUGAAGGGAUGAGGGGCGUCUGCGUGUGGUGGAGAUGCAGGUGUGCAAGCACCUGGUCCUGCAGUCAGCCCCGAAAGGUUUCGCAUUGCUUGAGAUCAGCAUGACGCAGGAUAUCCCUGAAUCCCCUCACUUAUGGAGCCUAUGAAGAUGGGGGGAAGGAGACAUCAGCGAAUUCCUGCCCCAUCUCACGCUAAGGUAGAGAAUGGUGUGUUGGGUGAUUCCCAGCCAGAUAGGAUCCUGAGAAAGAUGGUAGGGGGCAGCGGGUGGAGGGCAGAAGAGGCCGUGCUGUUGAAUCCAUUCCAUUUUUCCCUCUUUGUCAUUUUCAUUCUCUCUGCUCUUUCAAUGUCUGUUUUCCACUCUGUGUGUGUCUGUAUCUCUCUCCUCCUUUGAACCUAUCUCCCUGCUUCCUCUCUGUCUCUAAUUUUGAGUAUGUCUUUACUCCUUCUCCCUCUCCAUAGAAUUGAAUUCUCUUUAGAUCAUGUGUGUGUAAAUUUCACCAGUUUACCCUUCCAACCUUAGCCCUCUCCCCUGCAACUGUGGUGCUAUCAGUUUGCUCUUGACACUGGGGUUUCUGCAGCCAGCAAGUCACCUGCUCCUGUCCGCAAGCUUACCUACCUUGUUUGGUUGGGUGAUUAAGCUGUCACCCCAUUUGAUGAGAAUCCUUUGCUUUCAGUAACAUCCUCAUAUUUCUUUCCAUGCUUACCUGUGUCAUGUUCUGUUGAGUACUGCAGCCACUGCCCACUCCCAAAUCCAUCUACGUGUAGAAUGUACUGUAGAUUGUAAGAAUGUAAUAUAUAUUUAUACACUUACUGACUGUAAAUAUAAAGUUUGCAUUCAGUGGC